AUGUUCUUCCUGGGGGCAGGGGGUGUUUCUGGUCAGCACCUGAUCCGGGAAAGUUGCAGGUCUGACCUGACUCCUCAUGUAAAUAUUUUUGUCCUCCUAGGGAUCCCUGGCAAGAAGGAAGUGCAUGUUUUCAAUAUGACCUCCCUCACCAAGUCAGAAAACAUCCUGUCGGCUUUGCUGCAUUACCACGUUGGAGAGCUCCAGAACAGUAGCACAGAUUGUCCGCAGCUUAAGGGCUGUUCGCAGCACGGGCACAGCAAACCUGACGUGCAAAUUAACCUCUCGCUCUUGAGUUUCCCUUCCUCGGGAAACCACACUCGGACCCUGGGAGAUUAUUCAAUCAACAUCUCCACUGCUUCUUGGGAUGCCCGUUCUUGGCGGUGGAAGAACAUUACUCAUGUCUUGAGUAAGGCUAAGCAAGACAAUGACCUGCUUAUUGGAGUCAAAAUGGCCUUGGUGGGCCACCUUUCCUGGAAGACCACGCAUCCCAGCUACGAACCAUACAUCCUUGUUUACGCGAACGACUCUGCCAUUUCGGAACCCGAGAGUGUUGUUUCUAGCCUGCAAGGGCACCGUAGUCCCCUCCCCGGGAGUUUUCCAAAAUUAGACAUCCAUUCGAAAAACAGCCUGGGUGACCGGCGGCAAAAACGCUCCGCCAGUGUCCUGCUGCCUUUGCAGAACAACGAGCUUCCUGGUGCUGAGUAUCAAUACAAUGAGGACGAAGGAUGGGAGGAGAGGAAACACUACAAAACGCUCCAGCCGCGACUGGCAGCGAGGACAAAGAACAAGAAAAAGCAGAGGAAAAACAACCAUCCCAAAAGCCAGACGCUCCAGUUUGAUGAGCAGACCCUUAAAAAAGCAAGGAAGAAGCAGUGGAAUGAGCCCAGAUACUGUGCCCGCCGGUACCUCAAAGUGGAUUUUGCCGAUAUUGGUUGGAGUGAAUGGAUUAUUUCCCCCAAAUCUUUUGACGCCUAUUAUUGCUCGGGCGAGUGCCAAUUCCCUAUUCCAAAGGCCCUGAAGCCGUCAAACCAUGCCACCAUUCAGAGCAUAGUGCGAGCUGUCGGCGUUGUCUCGGGGAUUCCUGAGCCUUGCUGUGUCCCAGACAAGAUGUCAUCCCUCAGUAUCUUAUUCUUUGAUGAAAAUAAGAAUGUGGUACUCAAAGUCUACCCAAACAUGACAGUGGAAUCCUGCGCCUGCAGAUAACACUUCCCUUCC